CAGGUUGAUGRCUACUACGUUGUCGAUUAUGUCCCUAUCCUUCGCUCWGGACGUUUUCUUUAUAAACUGAAACCUUGUGUUGGAGAUGAGUCUAAUCUGAACACGCAUGUGGUGGUACAAAUAGAYACUAAGAAUGGUCAGAAGACAGUUACUCUUCGAUCUCCACUACAGGUGCACAAUCAUCUGUGCCUGUCAGUGGAUGUUCUCAUUUACGAUGAAUCAAAGAUUGGCGCCAAGAAUCCAUUCACACAUUUACUUACAGUAGAACCAAGUACAAUCUGUAAUAUCCCCAUUACUGUGGCUUAUGGGAAAGAUAUUUAUCUGAAAGUUCAUCACCCUAGGUCUGGUGUAUCCCAACAACCCUUGUCAUGGCGCAAUUUCUCCAAGGAAGACGUCGUAUUAGAAUUUCCUCAGACAUCGAUGGUGGAAUCUUUAGAGUCCCUUGAAUCACUAGAGUCUUUAGAGUGUGGUCUGCCACUCCAAGUCAAGGCUCACUUCCAGGUGGAUUCGCUCAACAAAAGUCCAAGCAAAGAUGUCCCGCACCACGUGAUUCACCUUCAUCCUCCAAUCACAUUGCACAAUUUGCUUCCAGUGGAGAUAUCACGGUUAUCAACGGGUGACAGUCAGCGUGAAGAGAUCAUUCUGCCUGGCGAAAAGGUCACAGUCUUGACAGCCUCGGUGGAGAAUUCGUGUCAGCUUAAAAUCAAGCUUAAUAAUUACAAAGAGCAAGAMUGGUUGGGAACUCUUAACAUCGACAAGACAACUGGUAAAACUACAGAUUUGAUUAUGACCAAUAUGGCUGACGCUAAUAACAAAUUGGUUUUGGGUGUGCUGAURAUGCCUAGUGGUACUACAGAUAUCACCAUAUACUGCCCUUAUUGGAUAAUAAACAAGACAUCUUUACCAAUGGAAUACAGGGUAUCGAAAUCUCAUCAAAUGUUUUACCAAGCAGCCGUCGAGGACAUGCCUUUACUAUUUAGCUUCCCUCUCAAGUCAAACCGUAAGGUUCGGAUGAGGGUGACGGACGCCUUAUGGUCAAGUCACAUUUCACUUGACGCUGUAGGAGAUUCUGGUCUAGUAUCUUGCUACAAUGCGAGAAAAACACGCACAUUUAAGUUUGUGUUACAAAUUGUCAUGUCACAAACAAGUCUUACKAAGAUUGUCACUUUGACACCCAAAUACGUUUUAAUCAACAAAAAUGAGUUCUCCAUAUCUUUCUGUGAAGAUGAAAUUGCUUCUCCACUCUGGCAUGCAAUUGAACCAAGUGAGGUCAAGCCGUUUUGGCCAAUCAGCUCAGUCCAAAGACUGCUCAUCAAGCCUACCCUAUCAUCAUUUAUCUCCAAAGCUUUUCCCUAUAAUUACUCCCAUACAAGUGUUCUUCGUAUGGUAGAUCCUAAGGCCAUAUGUGUUGAAGUCCAUGGCGAUGUUGAGGGUUCAGUGACGACAAUUCUCUUCACACCCUACUCCCCUGGGGUUGGAACGAUUCGCAUCGAGAACCUUUGCGAUGACAUCACUUUGAGGUUUUCACAGGAAAAAACCUGCCGCGUGACAGUUCUCCAGCCCAAGUUCUCUUUACUGUACACAUGGGACGACCCUACUAAACAGCGGAAGCUCUACUGGAAGCCUUACCUUGGCGUAGAUGAUGCUGUAGAGGUCCCCAUACAUAAGGAUGGCUUUGGUGAGGUGCAACUAGAGCUAAACGAAGGUGGUCCUGAUGUCAAAGAUGACAGGAAACAAAUGGAAGACAGUGGUGUCACUUGCAGCACGAACUGCUCGCCGUCAUGCUUACCAUUAUCUCGUGUUCCAGUUUCCUCCUCUGACGCGGAAGAGAGUGGAUCGGAUGAAGUGGAUGGAUCUASAAGGUUCAGACGCCGGUCUAGUAAAAGAUAYAAAAAGACAGUGYACUGGGUGUCGUUACUUGAYGGACUUCAACGAGUUUUGCUCUUUACUGAAGACAGCCAGUUGGCCUCCAAGGCUAGAAAGUCUAGUGAAUGUGAGCUAGUAAACUUCGAGCUGUUUGUGUCGCUAGAUGGUGUUGGAUUAUCGUUAAUGAAUAACAAACCAGAAGAAGUGGCAAACAUAACCUUAUCAAGCUCGGCAUCUGUUUGGAAAGUAGAAAAGUCACCAGGUCACUGGAAGACACUUGGUGUUGAACUGUCGACUUUGCUGGAAGAUGCCUGGAAAAACGGCCAGGAACAGUUGAACAUGGAUGAAACAGUAACAGUSGAUUUUAGAGRUAGUUGGAAAAUGAUUGCCCCAUUUGAAGGGUCUCUUCGUCGUUUAUUUGUGCCAGCGCUAAGCUUUGAUUACCGCUCAUCACAACAUUACMAGAGCGUUCAUUCAAAGAUGCAUCGAAUACAGAUUGACAAUCAACUGUAUGGCUCAGUGUUUCCUGUGGCCUUAUACCCUGCACCCCUACCGAUGGGUGUGGCUCUCAGGAAUGGCCCUAAACCAUUUAUUGAGAUGUCUGUUAUCUACCACGAGGUACCAGGGCAAGGAGUUCAUCAUUUCAAGUAUGCUAAAGUGCUGGUUCAAGAGAUGAAUGUCAAACUUGAUAAGAGUUUUAUUUUGGCUCUAGCGAGCUUACUUAGUAAACCACCAGAAUCAUACGACGAGGUAUUGUUAAUAUACGAGCGGAAGGAGCAGUCUCCUCUUAUUAUCCCUUGCCUUGUCUAUUUGCUUGACAGUAAUGGGGAUAUCAUCAAAAGAUGA